CGGCGCGGCGAUCCAGCAGCAUCGUAGUCAGUCAUCACUCGGCAUCAAGAAGACACACACGUACUCGUCCACCAUGAGGGAAAUUGUACACCUCCAGACCGGUCAGUGCGGAAACCAAAUCGGUACCAAGUUUUGGGAAAUCAUCAGCGAUGAACAUGGUAUUCAGGCUACCGGAGAGUACACGGGUACAGAUAAAGACUUGAUGGACCUCCAGUUGGAGAGAAUCAACGUCUAUUACAAUGAAGGCAACCAGGGGAAAUAUGUACCUCGUGCAAUCUUGGUCGAUUUAGAACCCGGUACCAUGGACAGUGUAAGAGCUGGACCCCACGGACAACUCUUCAAGCCAGACAGCUUUGUUUUUGGUCAGAGUGGUGCUGGCAACAACUGGGCCAAGGGACACUACACAGAGGGUGCUGAAUUGGUGGACAGUGUCUUAGACGUAGUUCGUAAGGAAGCAGAAAAAUGCGAUUGCUUACAAGGGUUCCAGCUUACUCACUCCCUUGGGGGUGGCACUGGUUCUGGUAUGGGCACACUUCUAGUCUCAAAAAUCCGUGAAGAAUUCCCUGACAGAAUUAUGAACACAUUCUCUGUCGUCCCAUCACCCAAAGUAUCCGACACCGUUGUGGAGCCCUACAAUGCCACCCUUUCCAUUCACCAACUAGUCGAGAACACAGACGAAACCUAUUGUAUCGACAACGAGGCCCUGUACGAUAUUUGCUUUAGAACCCUCAAACUCCAGAACCCAACCUAUGGCGAUUUGAACCACUUAGUGUCCCUAACAAUGUCAGGUGUGACGACCUGCUUCAGAUUCCCAGGUCAGUUGAAUGCUGACUUGAGGAAAUUGGCAGUCAACAUGGUACCCUUCCCACGUCUUCACUUCUUCAUGCCCGGUUUCGCCCCCUUGACAGCCCGUGGAUCUCAACAGUACAGAGCCCUCACUGUUCCCGAACUCACCCAACAGAUGUUUGAUGCCAAGAACAUGAUGGCAGCUUGUGAUCCCAGACAUGGCAGAUACUUGACAGUUGCUGCCAUUUUCAGAGGUAGGAUGUCCAUGAAGGAGGUUGAUGAACAGAUGUACAACAUCCAGAAUAAGAACUCUUCAUUCUUUGUUGAAUGGAUCCCCAACAAUGUCAAGACUGCCGUUUGUGAUAUCCCACCCCGAGGCAUCAAGAUGGCCUCUACCUUCAUCGGAAAUUCCACCGCCAUUCAAGAACUUUUCAAGCGUGUUGGAGAGCAGUUCACAGCUAUGUUCCGCAGGAAAGCUUUCUUGCAUUGGUACACUGGUGAGGGUAUGGAUGAGAUGGAGUUCACUGAAGCAGAGUCCAACAUGAACGAUCUGGUCUCCGAAUACCAACAGUACCAAGAAGCUACUGCUGAUGAUGAGGCAGAGUUUGAGGAAGAAGGGGAAAUUGAAGGCGAUUAUGCAUAAAUUAUAUUCCUAUUUUCCAUAAUUUUUUAUUUUUAUUUUUCAUGAGUUGUACAUUCCUUUUCAUUUUAUUCAUUGGCAAGAUCAAAUAGGAACAAACAUUUUCUUCCAUUUCUUUCUAUUUUUUUGUAAGUAAAUAAUUUAUAAAGGA